GUGCGCUGAAAGCACGUCUUCAACUAAAAACGUGACGACGUGCUGACUUCCUUUUUAUCUAAAGCCGUGUUCUGGUUAUUUUGUCCACGCUCUGUUGCCUCCGGACAGCAGGCGGCGGGAACAGGCCGGAGCUGCACACCACCGAAGAAGAAGAAGAAGAAGUAAUGGCGCGGUGGUUGAUGUAAACAAAAAUGUUUUAUUGUGCUGAUGAUCCGCUGAGAAACAGGAAGCUGUGCGGUUUCCUCCCGGUGAGAAGAUGAGCCGCGGCGGAGCAGGAGGAGAACCGGAGGGACGUUCAGCAACAACACGGAGACACAGACUGGAGUCUUUCCAUAUUGAUUUAGUCUGAACUACGAAGGCCCUGAAGGUCCCCACCUGACAGAACACCUCCAACCAGCUGCAGUUCCACCUUGCACCCCGACCCCCUCUGACCCGCUACAGCCCGGUGCGGUCCGAUCCAGGUGGCGAUGGCGGGGCGAGGUCGUGGGCGGGGGCGGAGGAUGAUGACUUUCAGCGUGGAGGCAGUCGGCAUCAACAGAGGAGACAGUUUACCUCCGUCCAUCCAGCAGCCUACACCUCUGUUUCCUGUGAUGGAGCAGAAGCCCCUCCCCCUGGCAGGUGGGGAGGAGGCGGAGUACCUAGCUCUCAAACAGGAGUUCAGAGGAGCCAUGAAGAGUCUGCCCUGCUUCAUCCAGCCAGCUGCUGCACACAGAGAUGUGGAGAGAUACUCUGAUAAAUAUCACAGCAGUGAGCCGACAGACGGAACGACAGACUGGACUCCAGACUGGAAGAGAUUCCCUAAAGAGCUCAGAGUCCACGUGAAGAAACCUGCCAGAGAUGGUGUUUCGGCCGCAGGCGGUCACUCUGACAGACUUCAGCCUGCUCAGAAGAAGAAACGAGUGAAAGAGAAAGAGGAAGUGCUGCUCAAACUGGAGAGUCUGGAAAAGAAGGAGGAGCGGGGGAGCUCGGGAGAGGAGGAGGAGGAGGAGGAGGAGGGAGGGGAGAAGAAGAAGAAGAAACCAGAGGAAGAGGAGGCCGAGGGAGAGGAGGAGUACGACGAGGAAGAGUUUGAGGAGGAGACGGACUACGUCAUGUCGUACUUCGAUAACGGGGAGGAGUUUGGUGGAGACAGCGACGACAACAUGGACGAGGCUAUUUACUGAAACACCAGCACGUCUGCUUCUGUCUCCGCAGAGACGAACCGUCCAGCAGCUGUUUGACUUUUUACUGUUUCUGAAAGGGACGAGUCAGCAGAGGGAGCCGCCAGGAGCCAUGAGGAGCUGCCAGGAGCCAUGAGGAGCCGCCAGGAGCCAUGAGGAGCCGCCAGGAGCCAAUAAGGCGUCGCCAGGAGCCCUCUGCGUUCAUGUCGUUCCAACGUUUUUAACUUUUGUAUCUGUGUUUUAUGUUUUUAUCAGAAAAGUGAAUUCUGUGUGUUUGUUGUGGCUGUUGGGUAAUAAACGGCUACACGAGG